UUUUGGGGUUACAUGAUCAGACAAACAGCCUGCUGGAGCCGCCGCCGCGGUGUCCGAUCACGGGGAGCGUACAGGACGCCUGUGGAAGCUGCUGCAUAUAGCACCAGAAAGAACCCCUUGAAAUUCAAGUCCAACUACGAGAAGCAGAUCAUGUUGUUCGCAAGCGAAGUGUCUGUAAUCUGUGGCGCGAACAAGUAUCGAGAGAUUUCCGACGUGUUUUUGGGUGUGUGGAAGCGGACGGACAAGGCAUAUGUGAACGAAUUGGAGUUGGACUUGGCGCCGAUGAUUCCUGAAACGACAGAGGAGAAGGUGGAGCGUGUGGUAGUGGACGAACCGGAAGUGCAAGCCAUCCUCAACUCACCGUCGCAGAACGUGGCCGAGGUCCAGCACAAGUUGAAGGCCAUGCAAGUCCACAUCGACGCAUUACCCCAUUUGACGGUGGCAGACAAGGUGGAGGUAGUUCAAGCGCUGCAGUCGACGCUGCAGACCUCGUUUGGCGCCGCGCAGGAAGCGCACGCAAUCGAACAUUACGAGACUCAAACGCAAUCCAACGUGCAACAGCGCAACGCGAAAUUCUGGAGCAAACGCGUCGGUCGCGUGCAGUCUGCAGACAGGAAGUACCGCAAUGUCCUCGUGGGUGGUCGGAUCGACGGCGUCAGCGGCGAAACCGUGAUCGAAGUGAAGAACCGCAUGCGAGAGUUCAUCAACCCGUUGCCACGGUACGACGUCGUUCAACUGCAAACGUACCUGUACCUACUCGACUCGACGCAUGGGGAGUUGGUGGAGCACGUCAAAGGCAAGACCAAAGACAAGAGCAAGACGACUGCGGUGGACUGGGACCCUGUGGAGUGGAACACCAAUGUGGUGCCGUACUUGGCUCGGUUCGCGCAUUCGCUGGAUCGGUUCAUGGAUGGUCCAACGGACUUGCACCACAAGUUCCUCACUGACGACACCUUGAAGCGAAAAGAAGUCAUUCGCAGCCUGUGGAUGGACAGUCCUGCCGAUUUCGAUCAGUAGAGGGUUGAUUUGACGCAUACAGUAACUACUCAUGACGAUGUUGUUGCCGCGUUGUAGUACAUUCAGUGACGUUGCCACAAACAG